CAUAAAAAUAUAAGUUUUUAAUAUUGAGUUGAUAUUUAAAAAAUGGGUACAAAACGUCGUCACAUAGAGGACGAAUUGUCGCGCUUUGAAGCAGAAAUUUCCAAGCCGCCAGCGCGAAACCUUUUUGUGCCCAACCAAGUGCGACCCGUGAUUGCUGCAAAUACUUAUACCAAUGUCCAGCAAAAAUUGCAGCAGCCCACAUCUUCCGGCGGUGCACGACUAACAGUGCCUCCUCCACCCAUGCCGCCAGCACCCUCUUUCAUGUCAACAUUUGUGCCCACAGGCUCCGCAGGUCCAGCCAAGCCCAUUGUGGCAACUCCAGUGGUACUGAGCAGUGCCCCGAAGUUGUAUCAAUGUCGGCAGUCUGUACAUGUGCCGACUGUAGCUGCGCCGGCCACCUCCAUCGAUAUCAAUGCCAUUCAAUUUGAUGUAACGCAGAAGCUGAAAAAGCUCAAGGCCGAAAAGUCUGGGCCCAAUCCGAUAGCAGAAGAGGCCAUUAAAGCAGCACGUGCUUCAUCCGCCCUGCAGUCAUUUCAGACCACCGAACGCAAGAAAAAGGAUCGGAAAACUGUGCGGAUAGCCGGCGGCAGUGUGUGGGAAGAUUCUUCCCUUGCAGAUUGGCCAGAUGAUGAUUUUCGUAUAUUUUGCGGUGAUCUUGGAAACGAUGUCAACGAUGAGGUACUCACACGCACUUUCAACAAGUUCCCUUCAUUUCAAAGGGCGCGCGUAAUCCGUGAUAAACGCACCGGCAAGAGUAAAGGAUUCGGUUUCGUGAGUUUCCGUGAACCAGCAGAUUUCAUACGUGCCAUGAAGGAAAUGGAUGGUCGUUAUGUGGGCAGUCGUCCCAUUAAGCUGAGGAAGAGCACUUGGCGGCAACGCAGUCUCGAUGUGGUCAAGAAGAAAGAGCGCGAAAAGCAAGUCCUUUUACAGGCGUUUAAUUCAAUGAAUUAAGCCCAUGUCAAGAACAUAUUUAGGCUAGUUUUGGUCAACGUUUCGUAUAGCUCAAAUUAUACUAUUAGAAUUGACGAAUUAAAAUGUACUUUUA